UCAACAUGAUAAAUGACAUGACACUUAUUUUUUGCGAUGACAGUGACUUGUUUAUAAACGCAAAUCUGACUAAUUUUAAUUAAUUAUGCCAAGUUAAAUUUCAUAUACCUAAAACUGCUUGUCUCGAGUUGUAAUUUAUACUUUUUUAUAUAGAAAUUAUCCUUUCAUUAAUCUAGAAUGGCCGAAGAUGUUAUAACGACGUUAAAAAUUCUAAUUAUAGGAGAAAGCGGUGUGGGAAAAUCCAGUCUUUUGUUGAGAUUUACUGAAGACAAUUUUGACCCGGAGCAAACGCUUACAAUCGGUGUCGAUUUUAAAACUAAGAAAUUAACUGUUGAUGGGAAUGCCGUAAAAUUAGCUAUUUGGGACACUGCUGGACAAGAGAGGUUUAGAACUUUAACACCGUCAUAUUAUAGGGAUGCCCAAGGAGCUAUUCUUGUAUUUGACAUCUCCAGUUAUUCAACAUUUGCUAAACUUGAAACAUGGUUGAAUGAGUUAGAUACAUAUUCAACAAAAAAAAAUAUUGUUAAGAUGAUAGUUGGCAAUAAAAUUGACAUGGAAAAUCGUGAGGUAACUAGAGAGCAAGCUAUGGCAUUUGCCAGGAGACAUCAAACCCUUUAUAUUGAAGCUAGUGCUAAAACUAAACAUGGUGUUCAGGCUGCAUUUGAAGAAUUAGUACAUAAAAUUAUUCAAACGCCUGGAUUGUGGGAAUCCUACAAUGAUAAUAUUCAUGUGGGAAACAAAGACCAUGCACCUCAAAGUGGAUGUGCCUCAUACUGUUCUUUAACAUAAUUGUUACAAUAAAUUAAGUCAAAAAAAUGUAGGAUCCAGAAAAAAAUUAAGAAAUCCCUUAAUAUUUUAUAAUAUACAAAUUACACCUUGUAAUAUAGAGGCAUGCUUUGGUCUCUAUAGUCAUGUAAUAUAUUACUAAAAAUAUAAGAUUUUUAUAGUUAAACUAACUUUAAAGUUAUUAUAAAUAGGUAUUAUAAUAGGUGUUGUAUAUGUCUAACUAGAUUUAAAAUAUACAUAUAUUUUAUUACCAAAUAUCACAUUUACUAAAAUAAA